GGUACGCUGAAGUAGGUGCUUGGGGUGGUGGGGUCUCCGAGCCUGGGCUCCGUGUGGGGCGGCCGGGAAUGGGCAUUGUGCAAAGACGCAGGAGGCAGCCCCAGGACAGGAGCGCCCUGCCCUGCAUGCUUUGCAGGGAAGGAAAUCAGCAGCACAGCUCACAGCAGCCCUCUGCCCCGCUGUGAGGCUCCGCUCGCUACGGGAAGUUGAGAAAACAAACAUGAAGAAGUUAAAACUUAAGGAGCUAGAAAGCCGUCUUCAGCAAGUUGAUGAUUUUGAGAAUCCAAAAUUACUUCUUGAACAGUAUCCAACAAGACCACACAUUGCAGCAUGUAUGCUUUAUACAAUUCACAACACUUUUGAUGAUAUUGAAAACAAGGUGGUUGCAGAUCUAGGAUGUGGUUGUGGUGUACUCAGCAUCGGAAGUGUAAUGUUAGGAGCAGGGUUGUGCGUGGGGUUUGACAUAGAUGCAGAUGCCCUGGAAAUAUUUAGUAGAAAUGCAGAAGAGUUUGACCUCACAAAUAUUGACAUGAUUCAGUGCGAUGUAUGUUCUUUAGCUGCCAGAUCAAAAACUUUUGACACAGUAAUUAUGAAUCCUCCUUUUGGGACCAAGCAUAAUAAAGGAAUGGAUAUGACUUUUCUGAAGGUAGCUUUGCAAAUGGCACAAACAGCUGUAUAUUCCCUACACAAAACUUCAACACGAAAACAUAUUCAAAAGAAAGCAGAUGAAUGGAAAGUGAAGAUGGAAGUUAUAGCAGAACUUAGAUAUGACUUACCAGCAUCAUACAAGUUUCAUAAGAAGUCGUCUGUGGAUAUUGAAGUGGAUUUAAUAAGGUUCUCCUCUGAAAAACUUCCAAACUGAGGAUUGGCUUAAAACCUAUUUAAAAUGGAAUAAUAAAAACUCAGUGCUUUUUUAAACACUA